CAGAUAGACUAGUCUGGUACGGAACUUGAUUUAGCAAGAGAGAUCGAGCAAUGCAGAGAGACCAGAAAAGAAAAAAAGAACCAGUUCAUGUGAUUCGUUCAGACAAAAAGUGAUGUCCGGGAGCUGUCGGAUUUUCCUCUCCCGCUCCUCACUUUGUCACCGUCUUCGCUCUGUUUUCCAUCAUCACAGUUUUCACAGUUUUACAAAACGUAACUCAACUCGAAAAUCAAUCACCAUCAAUGCCUUCUUAUCAGAUCCAUCUCCAUCUCCAUCACCGAUUAGUUCCAGAGUCAACGCCCGCGUCCUGUUCUUCUCCACUUCAACUUCAACUCCAAAUCCAGACCAACCCAAACCCAACAACCAAACCAACACGACGUCGUCUCAGAAGAUCCUCAGCACGAUCUUCAGCAACCUAUGGAUGAAAGACAACCCAGAACUCCGUUUCAGAGUCAUCGCAGCAUUAGCCUGUCUCGUCGGAGCAAAGUUCUUGAACGUCCAAGUCCCAUUCCUCUUCAAACUAACCAUCGACUCACUCUCCACCUCGCCCUCUUCCAUCGCUACUUCAAACCCUUACCUCCUCGCCGCCUUCGCCACUCCUUCCUCUGUCCUCAUCGGCUACGGCAUCGCUCGAUCCGGAUCAUCCGCCUUCAACGAGCUCCGCACAGCAAUCUUCUCCAAAGUAUCUCUCCGCACCAUACGCUCCCUCUCGAGAAAAGUGCUCUCUCAUCUCCACGCCCUCGACCUCCGCUACCAUCUGAACCGAGAGACAGGGGCCUUGAACAGAGUCAUCGACCGCGGUAGCCGCGCGGUGAACACGAUCCUCUCGGCUAUGGUUUUCAACGUGGUCCCGACGAUCUUGGAGAUAACCAUGGUCUCUGGUAUAUUAGCUUACAACUACGGACCUGUUUUCGGUCUCAUCACUUGUCUCUCCGUUGGAUCGUACAUAGCUUUCACGUUGGUCGUGACACGGUACAGAACCAAGUUUAGAAAAGCUAUGAACGAAGCUGAUAACGAAGCUGGCACGAGAGCCGUUGAUUCUCUCAUAAACUACGAGACCGUUAAGUACUUCAACAACGAAAGCUACGAAGCGAGAAAGUACGACGAGUUGCUCGGGAGAUACGAAGAUGCUGCUUCCACUACUCAGAAAAGUCUCGCGUUUUUGGACUUCGGACAGAGUUUUAUAUUCAGCACAGCGUUGUCUACAUCGAUGGUGUUGUGUUCUCGAGGGAUUAUGAACGGUGAGAUGACGGUUGGUGAUUUGGUGAUGGUCAACGGACUUCUCUUUCAGCUCUCUCUUCCUCUUUACUUUCUCGGCGGUGUUUACCGCGAAACGGUUCAGAGCCUCGUGGAUAUGAAGUCGAUGUUUCAGUUGCUCGAGGAGAGAUCCGAGGUUGGAGAUAGAGAUGCAGACGCAGAGCUUCCUCGUCUUGCUCUGAGAGGUGGAAGCAUUCGGUUCGAGGAUGUGCAUUUUAGCUACCUGCAGGAGAGGAAGAUAUUAGAUGGGGUUACGUUUGAUGUACCGGCAGGGAAGAGUGUGGCGAUUGUUGGUAGCAGCGGAAGCGGGAAGUCGACGAUUCUUAGGAUGAUAUUCAGAUUCUUUGACACGGAUUCUGGAAAUGUAAAGAUUGAUGGUCAGGAUAUAAAGGAAGUGAGGCUUGAUAGUCUUCGAAGCUCCAUUGGAGUUGUCCCUCAAGAUACUGUGCUAUUCAACGACACAAUAUAUCACAACAUUCACUAUGGAAACCUCUCAGCAACAGAGGAAGAAGUCUACGAUGCAGCUAGGCGUGCGGCGAUCCACGACACCAUCAUGAACUUCCCGGAGAAAUAUAAAACAGCGGUUGGAGAAAGAGGACUGAUGCUGAGUGGAGGGGAGAAACAAAGAGUGGCACUCGCUCGUGCCUUUCUGAAAUCGCCUGCGAUUCUGUUGUGCGAUGAAGCGACGAGUGCGCUGGACAACAAAACAGAGGCAGAGAUAAUGAAAACGCUGAGGUCUCUGGCGAGUAACAGGACUUGUGUUUUCAUUGCGCACAGGCUGACCACUGCUAUGCAAUGCGAUGAUAUCAUUGUGAUGGAGAAAGGCAAACUGGUUGAGAAGGGGACGCACGAAGUAUUGUUGGAGAAAUCAGGAAGAUACGCCGAGUUGUGGAUACAACAAAACAGUAAGAUAGAGGGUUGAAUCUUUAAGUAAAGAGCUCAAAUAUGUCGACUUGACGAUUAUUUGUGAUUCUUGUAUUCCACGCAAAAUUUUGAAUAAUUAUUUGCAAAUGUAAUUGUUUGUAAUCAUGUUGUUCAUAGAAGAAAAUAAAUUUGUUUGUAACCUUGUAACAAGGAAAAAUACUUUGUAGUAGUAGUGGCACCAAACCUAUUUGUUUGGUUUGUAAUUUGAUUUUUUUUUGUUAU